AUAAAUCUUUCAUUUCCCCAAAGUCUCUCUUCUCUCCCUCUCUAUCUUUCUCCGGUUUAAUUCUUCCUCUUCCACGGCGGAGCCACCGCUUAAACCACCGUCCGUACAUCGAAAUCCACCGUUCUUGCCGGAAUCCGGCGAUCGUUAUCUAGAUCUUUUUCCGACUUACUGUCGAACUCACUCCCUUCCUUUCUUCCUCUCAACACAAACCCUUUUUUUCUUCCAUUUUUUCCAGUAAUUUCUCUUCAAUUUUUACUGUAUUUUAAAUUUGAAAAAGAAAAAGAAAUAUUUUAUUUUUAUUUCUUCUCUACCCAACGAGAAAUGUACCUAUUCGAGUGAAUUUACUUUUCUGUCCUUUUGCUUUAUUUGCAUCUUUCCAAACCCCAUAAUUCCUUAACCGUAACUUCACCUUUUUCCUUUUUUAUCGCUUUUUUAGCCAAGUUUUUAUUUUCUUUUUUUUUGUGUGUGGUGACGUGGCAUGCAGUAGAUUAAGAUUGGCAAAUUUGGAAACGGACGGCUAAGAUGAAUUAUCAUCACUCACGUCGAAUCUUAACUCUUGAGGAGUCAUCACGGAAGCGAAAAGACCGAGACACGUUUUAUUCGUCUCCAAGACCGUCAAAUCCACUAACGGCCGUUAGUAAUGCUGUUACGACGUCGUUUAUUAAACCUGACCCGAAGAAGAAGUGUCAAAUGCCCAAUCCACUUUUAGCCGGGUACAUGGCUUAUGAGUAUUUAACUAAAGGAACUCUAUUGGGUCAGAAGUUUGACCCGGCUCGACCUAAGCCUGUUCCUCUGAACAACGCUUUAGCCGACUCGAAGAAGAGAAAAUCGAGCCCGGAAGAGGUUGAGCCGGGUAGGAACGGGAAGUCGAACCCGAAGCUGAGGUCGAAGCCGCAGAAUCAGAAUUAUAUUGAAAUAGCGAGCUUGUUGAGGAGUGAUGGGACCCACAUUCCUGGUAUUGUCAAUCCUACGCAGCUGGCGCAGUGGAUUCAGAUGUGACACCAUACAAAAGGCGUAGGCGUGAGAGAUGAGACGUGGCGGAUUAUCGUUGGGCCAUGUUAGAUGGAAGUGUAGAAAACGUUUGCAGGAAAUUAAUUAUUCAAAAAAUCAUAUGGUUUGUUGUUGUUUUGAUUAAUUACUUUGUUUAUGUUGAUUUGUUUUGAUGAAUUUUCUGUGUUGUUUAAUUAGAUGACUCAUGAAUGUUAUGUGCUGGCUAUUGAUGGUCAGCGUCAUAUAUAGUAUCUUUGUUCAUUUCUUUAA